AUGGAUCUGCGGCGUGCGCUGGGCCUCGACUCGGUGGCACCGGAGGAGAACACAGUCCACUACGAGCUCUUCCCACACACAGGCACGCCUCACGCCUUUGAUGUGCGCGGAUCGGUCGUCUAUAGCCUCCUAGUAACUUCAAUAGCAUCUAAAGCUCCCCUUUCGUGCACAGAUGUGGACGCUCCCCAGCUGAGAGCUCUGAAGACCUCCUGCCUGGAGUCCCUCCUCCCCUGGCUCUCCCAGCACAUCUGGCAGCGGGGCCGCUUCGACAUCCAGUCCUCCGCCGAGCGAGCGGUUCCUCUCUGGGGUUCAGUGUGCUUUGCUGACAAUGUGGAGGACGAGUGGUGUGUGGUCUGGCUGCUGACGCAGAUCACACAAUCCUUCCCUCUGGACGUGAGGGUGUGGGAUAAUGACGGCGAGUUCCUGCUGAUCGAGGCGGCGCACAGUCUGCCCCGAGGACUCAAGCCGGAGAUCGCAGAUAACAGAGUGUGGAUCAGCGGGGGGAGAUUCCACAUCGUGCCGACCCACCUCCUCCCCGGCAGCAUAAAUCUGGAACAGGUCGAGGCCUUCUACUACCGCGAUCUGGACGAUGCCAAGGCGGCGGGGCGCCCGGUGCACUUCCCGCCCAGGGACCUUCGGACCACCGCCGUCACCUUCAGCAGGUGCUUGUAUGCCCAGCUGGCCCUCCAGGAGUUCCCUGGGAUGGCAGGGUUUGAGGUUCCGCUGCCCUCCGACCCCAAGUUUCCUGCAGCGAGCCUUGGCGCCAAGCUGGCAGCAGGGCUGGAGAUGCUCGUGGCCCAGCGUGCUCAGCAUGCUUAUGAUGCAUGCGCCUCCAGUAGCAUGUCUGACGCCGACUGCUCACUGGUGGCGACAUGGGACGACUCCUCACCAGCAGGCUACCUUGCUGUCAACGAGGCUCUCAGAGACCCCGGACUGGCGGCGUACGUGCUCACACAGCACCAGAAGCUGGAGGAGGACCCCGAACCGUCCUCCCAGGCAAACACUGAGCUGCCCCCUGAGGGUUCCUUGAUCUGGCUGAAGGCCGGGGAGGCAGAGCUGGAGGCUCGCCUCGCCGCUCGCCAGGCAGAGCUCGCAGGCUCCUCGCGACAAGCUGACGGUGAUUGGGACCCCUCACUCCUGGCCGCACGACUCAACGACUUCGUGACGGGCGGGGCCGGGCUGGAAGGCGCCGAGAUACCCCCGCCCCGGCGCCAGGAAGGGGCCAGUCCUGGGCCCCGUGCGCCCGAGCUGGGGGCCCACGCCUUCCUCGCCGAGCUGCGGUCUGCCCUGGGGAUGGAGGCCGGCACGGGCGCCGGCCAGGGACGUUCGGCAUCCUCCUCGGAGGCGUCCUCCUUCUACGAGGGCUCUGCCAGCGAUGAGUGCGAGGGGGACCAGGGCCCAGCGGGCUGGGGCGCGCACGCCGUCGACACCGACACCGACAGCGACGACUUCGAGGGGGCGUAUGAUGCGGCGCUGCAGGCUGAGCUGGCGGCCAGCGCCGCGCCGGCAGCGGGCGAUGCUGGCGGAUCGGGCGGGGAGGCGGGCGGCCCCGCCACCGCCCCCUUGGCCGCCCCAGACCUGGAUGCUGAGCUGGUGCGCAACCUGCUGGCCUCGGUGGGAAUGCAGGAGGGCACGGCCGGCCCGGGGUCAAACCUGGCGGCCCUGCUCGGCGUCAAGCUCCCAGACCCACGGUCGCUGCGGUGA